AGUGUGAGACAGAUUUCAUGUGCAAACACCAUGUUGUGGGCAGAACACUUUGCUGUAAAUCAAACCAGUCUUCAGUUUGUGCCGUGCACUCCGUAAAUAAUGCCAUUACCACUAUUCAAGCCACUCAAUAUCUAAUAAUAUACAUGCUGUAUUUACUAACAAUUGUGUGAUAUAUAGGACAUACCACCAUUGAGUCAUUCCACCAUUUUUAUCGUCCAUAUUGGGCGAUAUCCUCAGCCCAGGAGAGCUUCGGUGGAGUAUUCUGUGGAGCUUCUAAGUUCAGUCUCUUCUGGUGCUCUAAAGCCGUAAGGCACAGUAGCAAGAGAUAUUCCCAUAAAACUCGUGGUUUAAUGUUAAUUGAAUGAGUAAAGUUUCAAGGUAAAUACCCAUUAGUGUGACUUUCUUAAUUAAAGUCCAGCCAAAUAGUGGAAAAAGUAAAGAAAACGCGUCGGUAGGUCUUAAGACUACCAUCAGAAACACUUCUCCAUACAAAUGAACUGUUUACCUUAAAAUUUUGCACCAGAACUUGAAAAUGUAUUGUAGUAAGAACUUCAGCAAAGAACAAUGUGACGGUGAAUGGAAUGGAUUAAGUUAAAUUGUGUAUAAAGUGAGAUCAUUUAAAUUCGUGGAUAAUGUUUUAAGGUAAUUCGUGUGUGAGGUGGCAAGCCUGAGCGAUCAAGCGUUGUCCUAAGGGAGUGGCAAAACAAAAAUCUGGCAGUGGUUGAACGAUAACAAAAAGAACGAGCAUUUAUGAUGAUUGUAAACAAUGUGUGGACAAUACAUGAUUCCAGUGCGGAGGAAUGUAAUGCGAAACGAUAGAAAAUGUGGGCUUUUGAGCCAAUGUCCAGCACAUAUUGGCGUAUGUGUGGACAGUCGUAGGUGCAAUCAAUCAGACACGAGUACAUUUUUCAUCGACGUUCUUGAAGUGUGUAGUGUGGUGUAUAAAGGUGAUAAUGGAGACACAGCUCCAUCAGAUGGUGAAUCUGACCGUGGCGGAUGAUUUCCUGUCAAUGGUCAGCAAUUCAUCGUCAUCGACAAUCCUGUUUGCGGCCCUCUCCACCACCAGUUCCAACAUCAGCCAAAAUACCACAGUCUACCAGGCUGUCUUUCCCAAUAAGUACAGUCUAACUCACAUCGUCAUUGCCUCCAUUGUGGUUACAAUUCUCAUGGUGAUUAUUGUGGUGGGCAACAUGCUGGUCAUAAUAGCCAUUGCCACUGAGAAAUCCCUCAAAGGUAUCCAAAACUGGUUCAUUGCUUCCUUAGCGGUGGCAGACUUCUUCCUUGGACUAGUAAUCAUGCCUUUCUCGCUGGCCAAUGAACUAAUGGGGUACUGGAUCUUCGGUGCCUGGUGGUGUGACAUCCAUUCAGCAAUGGAUGUCCUCCUCUGUACCGCCAGCAUCAUGAACUUAUGCCUCAUAUCCCUGGACAGGUACUGGAGUAUAACGAAGGCUGUUGAGUACCUUAAAACCCGCACCCCAGCCCGGGCGGCUGUGAUGAUCGCCUCCGUGUGGAUCAUGUCAGGUGUUAUCUGCAUCCCGCCUCUUCUUGGCUGGAAGGCAAAACGUCCGGAAGGUCGAAACCUGCCCCAAUGUCAGCUGAGUCAAGAUGUUGGCUAUGUCCUGUAUUCAGCUCUUGGCUCCUUCUACAUCCCCAGCUGUAUAAUGGUGUUCGUGUACAUCAGGAUCUACUAUGCGGCCAAGAGGCGAGCGCGACGUGGAAUCAAGAAGCCGUCUCGAAAUUCUGAUGAACAAACGACCAACUUUAUAUCUUCAGUCACCUAUAACUCACGUCCAAUGCCAACAGUGCCUGAAUGUUCUUCCCCACAUCUAAUUGCCACAAUCGAAUCUCAUCAGCCCACUACUGAAUCAUCCACCAACCAAAUACCCGUGGUUACAUGCGACCUCGCCUCGGAAUCAUCCAACAAGGAGACGAGCAAUGCUGACGCUGAGAAUCAAUUAGGUGACACGAAUACGCUUAAAGAGCCUUCCACCAUUCACCUUCAAGUACUUCCUGUUUUACGACAUACAACCAAUGGUAUGAGUGCCAUUGCCCUACAAUCUACAGCUCCGAUGCGCUGCCGCGCUUUUUCCGUUGGCGUUGACAGUGACAUGGUCAGCGAGUUUGAUCCAUCAAGUUCUGACUCUGGUGUAGCCAGUCGAUGCUCUUCCGUUAAACCAUCCAAGUUCCGCAUCUUCCAUCCCAUCUUUGGGCGACGAUAUCCACUCCGGACGGAUGUUAGUGCCGUCCAAAAUGCCACAGAGCUAGAACCAGUCAUCACCAAGGGUGAAAAGAAGCGCGAUCCCGAGAAGGAGAAGCGUCGUCUAGCACGAAAGAAGGAAAAGCGAGCCACUCUGAUUCUCGGACUUAUAAUGGGUUGCUUUAUCGCGUGCUGGUUACCCUUCUUCUUCCUCUACAUCCUGAUUCCAACCUGCGAUAGGUGCAAGAUACCUGAUACGGCCUUUGCCAUCGCCUUCUGGCUCGGUUAUAUGAAUUCAGCUUUCAACCCAGUCAUCUACACCAUCUUUAACAAAGACUUCCGACGCGCCUUCCGAAGGAUCCUUUUCAAAUAGCGCUAAGCAGACCAUUUUCCCACAAAUUCACUGUGUCUUAAACAUAUAUUGUACAUCUCCGAAUUUUUUUUUCUAAUAGAUAAACAAGUAUUUUGAACAUUUACUUUCUACGAUGCAGACUUUUGUUGCACUUCAGCAACGGAUUUUAAGAUAAUAUGCAUUUCAUAAAAAAAAUAUGUCCUAGAAAUGCUCGAGUGCUAAUAUAGCAAUGGGCCAAGCUACAUUGGAUUAUCCAGGUACCAAUACUAAAAGUAGAAAUGUCCAUUGUAGUGCCAGGGCCUGAUUUUGAAACAAGAACUUCGAAUUUCACGUUCCUAGAACAACAUGAUAUUAUAAAAAAAAAAGAAAAAUGCAGAGUAUUGUGACUAUCACUGUGAGUAAUUAUGAAUGAAUUAGAGUGAAUAUGGACUAAGGAACUUCUGUAACGCCCUAGUAGCAACAGUAGGUCUUAGGUUGAUCCUAAGAUAAAGCUCCCAAAUGUUAAUAUUGUGUAAUCGUACCUUACAAUGUACAAACCAUCAGAUACUGUAUGACAUAAAAUGAUGUGAGAAACCUCGUUGAGUAGUUAUCCCAAAUUUGAUGUAAACUUUGAAAGUCACUUAUACUUUUCAAAGAGUCUUUUUUGUAAAAAGAACAGUUGACAAGAACAUAAGAGAAUUCUAUCAAAUAAACUCUUACUAUUAAAAUUUAAA